CCACCAAAACGAAGCUCACGUGAUCAGGAGAAAGACGCGAACGACCAACACAAACAAGGCUAGCAGCAGCGGUUCUGUGCCCUUCCCCUCCCAACGGUGUAGGUUAUGGGGGCGCUGGGUAAGACGCCGCGACUGGUUCACUCGUGGGGAGGCAAGCUGAUGGGUGCGACCAUGUGGUGCUGGAUCCUCUGGAGAUUCAAGCACGACUGGAGAGACGUUCUAGGUCACCACGACAGUUUAGAGCCGCCACCUCUAAAGAGACAGAGCUAGAUGUGUGUGCUCAAGUUCAUGUUGCAUUCAGUAGUUCACAUUGUGUGGUCUACAAUAUAUAAUAUGCAGUAACAUCACGUUUCACCCAGACCGUGGAUAAUGGGUCCCCUAUUCUGCGAUAUUUUUGUGGGCGUGCUCUCCUCUAUUUUAGCGGAAUGCAUGGUCAGCAAAAAUCCAGAAAGGAGCCGAGAAAGACUGUGUUGUUUGCCAGCUUUCCCUCGCUCUUCGACCAUUCAACGCCUCCACCAUCUUUAGUAUGCCAAUAGACCCACACUAAACUCUACACUGUAAGUUGUGCGUGGCGCUGGGGCGUGUCCUACCUCCUGGCUAGCGGGUCAAUUCCUAGCCAGCGGACGGAUAUCGUUGUUCCACAGUAAAAGUAGCGAGAGGAGUAGUCAUGCUGACCAUACGGAAAAAGCUGGAGGAGCAGGCGGCGUCUGGAAGCUCCGCUGACGGGGGGAGGGGGGAGAGCAGGAGGGUCAGGAGAAGGAUGUCCAUCAGAUCCCAGUUGCUCACUGAGGGUAUGUACCUAGACAUGUAGCUAUAUAUCACAACUUAUAGCUUUUGAUAUCAAUCAGGGCCUGAUUAGUCUGUAAUACAUACUCUCGCCCAAUUUCAAAUGAAUGAUGUAGUAAAUCGUAUUCAUAAUUAUAAUACUCCUGAAUCUAGGCGAAAAAUCCUUCCCCCUCUCUCUCUCCCUUCCUGUCUC